AGCCCUUGUACGAUCCGGUCAGCGAGGAGGACAACCCCCUGGCCAUCAGUCUCAAGCAGCUCCGUCUGAAGAAGAGGUCCGGCCCGGGGCCCAAGGCCGGGCUCCCCCUUGCCAAGCCCUCCGCCUGCGUCUCGGGCACCCAGGUGGGCGAGCGCCUCCUCCUGCCCCGCUCCAAAGGGGGGGGCGGCGGCGGCCCCCCCGCUCACGAGGUGACCCUCAUCGACUUUGGCGACGAGCCCCCCAGCCCGUCCCCCGUCGGGGACUUCUGCGCCCCCUCCUUGGCCCGCCUAGCCAUGGAGGCCUUCUCCUUGUUGGACAAGACCCCUCCCCAGAGCCCCUCGCAGGCCCUGCCCCGCCCCUUGCACCCCACGCCCAUCGUGGACUGGGACGCCCGGCCCCUCCCUCCGCCCCCCGCCUACGACGACGUGGCCCAGGACGAGGAGGACUUUGAGGUCGACGCCAUCAACAGCGCCGACGGGCGGGUGGGCCGGCCGCGGGGCCGGAGCUGGGCCAAAGGGGAGGUCAACGGCGGCUUGGCCGCCCCCGAGGGAGACCCCCGCCCCGCUCUCCCCUUGGAGGACAACCUCUUCUUGCCCGCCAAGGAGAGCAAGCAGCCCAGCCCGGCCCAGACCACGGAGAUCUUCCAGGAACUGCAGCAGGAGUGCAUGAAGCACCUCAAGGUGCCCCGGGGUGGACCUUCCGGGGCCGCC